CCCCCCUACUCCCCAGGAUGGAGCCCGUGCAGCCAGCCCGGAGCCCCCCACGGCCGGGGUGACGGCCCCCCACUCUCCCGCCGCGCCCCCCGCCCCGGCACCAUGGGCCUAAGGGGCUCCCGAGGCGCCGGACGUUGAAGAUGACCGAUGCUGGAGCCGUCCUGAGUCAUGGCUUCCUCAAAACUCCGAGAAACCACCGAUGAGGUUUUUGAUCUGGACUUGGCCGUGCCUGAGACCGUCAGGCUGGACAGCAGUCUACACAAGGCCCGGGCGCAGUUGCUGGCCAAAGGCCGGAGACACCGGCCCUCGCGCUCCAGGCUUCGGGAUAGUGCCAGCUCCGCAGAAGAUGGGGAAGGCUCUGAUGGGCCAGGGGGCAAGGUGACAGAUGGCUGUGGAAGCCCCCUGCACCGGCUGCGGUCGCCUCUGCACUCUGGCCCCGGGUCCCCUGCAGGGGGCUCUUUCUGCCUGGAGCCUCCGGGGUUGCGGCGCAGCGUGGAUGAGGACGAGGCGCCCCCCUCGCCGCUGGCGCGCUACCGGCCCCUGCACAACGCCGCCUCGCAUGAGGGCCUAGCCGCCGCUUCCAGCUCCCCGCCGCGCUCCGCACCCUCCUCCGACAGCUCCCCGAGUUUCGUGCGCCGCUACCCGCGCGCGGAACCGCACAGCGAAGAUGACAGCCGUGGUGCCAGUCCACCAGAACCUGCCAGUCCCACCAUCGGCCUGGACAAGAAGACUCGCCGGAAGUUCCUGGACCUGGGGGUCACCUUACGCCGAGCAUCGAGUAAGAGCCGCAAGGAGAAGGGCAGUAACCGGCUGUCCAUGGGCAGCAGGGAGUCAGUAGAGGGCUCCAGCAGAUCAGGAGGUUCCCCGUUCCUGCCCUUCUCCUGGUUCACAGACAGCGGCAAGGGCUCAGCUUCCUCAGGCAGCACCACAUCCCCUACCUGCUCCCCCAAACAUGAGGGCUUCAGCCCGAAGAAGUCAGCUUCACAGGAAUCCACCCUGAGUGAUGACUCCACACCUCCCAGCAGCAGCCCUAAGAUCCCAGGAGGGCCCAGGCAGGAGGCCAAGUGCUCCUACCCCUACCACACACUGUCCCAGUCUUCUGAUGAGUUUCUGGAGGAGCCACUCCCUGCCGUGCACCACUGGACCAGUCAGCAGGUGGGCCAGUGGCUGGGCAGCCUACACUUGGAGCAGUAUGCUGCCGAGUUUGCUGCACGCCAGGUGGACGGGCCACAGCUGCUGCAGCUGGACGGGAGCAAGCUAAAGAGCCUGGGGCUCAGCAGUUCGCAUGACCGGGCGCUGGUGAAGCGGAAGCUGAAGGAGCUUGCAGCAGCAGCGGACAAGGAGCGCAAGGCCCAGGAGAAGGCGGCGCGGCAGCGCGAGAAGGUCCGGCGCCGUGAGCGGGAGCAGGAGGCCAAGAAGAGCUAAAGGGCAGCACCCUGGCCUCACCCCGGCCUUCCCCACCCACAUCCCCCAGAAGGGAAACCCCAGGGAGAGGGCCCGGUAAUGCUCCGACUACAAGGCCCUUGGCACAGAGAUAGAUCCUGGUGUAGGCGGCUCUAGGCAGCCAACCCAGAAAGCACUCCCUCUGCCCCUACCCUCAGGCCCCUGAGGUGCAGAGGCUGCUGCCCUGGCCCCCACAGGAGUGGGUAAAGUCAUUCUUCUGCACUGGUGGCUGCAGGUUGAGAGGGGCCAGUGCACUGCAGGGAGCCCCCAGUCCAUGCCACGGCAGCCUAGUGGUCCCACGGGACUGCACAAGGACUCUGGGAGGACGGAUGGACAGAGCCUCCCCACCCUGCCCUGUGCCAGGGAUUACUUAGGGAAGAGAAUGUGUGAAUGUGAGAGUUGGUGGCCAUUGAGGACUCCCCCAACCUGGUGGAGCUGAGGGGUUCCGGAAGGACCAGAAGGGUUAAUAGCCCUUGCCUGGACCUCUGUGGACUUCAGAAUGUACCCAGUAGAUUCUGUUCCCAGCCGGGGCCUCUGGACCGGUGGGGUCUGUCUUGCCACACUGAUAACAUCUGUCCUUGUAGGAGGCUGACUACGUAUAUAGGUGGGCCCACAGGUAGCUCAGUGAGGGGGCAUUUGGUUGAGUGACUAGUAGGAUCGGGGUUCUGAACAGAGCCCCCACCUCCUCCUACCCGCCUGGAGCUGAGGGGAGGGACCAAUGCAUGUUGACGCCCCUUCCUGCCUAGGGCUGUGGCUGGGGGGCCACUACCCCACCCCUAGGAUUGGACCCUUCUCCACUGCUUGUGCUGGGAGGGGGCUUAGGAGAAUGUGGGGACACGGGCAGCACUUAGGCCCAGUGGAGGGGCCAGUGGGAGGCCGGCAGGUGUCAGAAGCGAGCGGGGCACCUGCUGCAUGUGGAGGGGAGAUGGUACUCGAUUUCUUUCAAUAAACACGUAGGACGUGCCA